UUUCUGAAGAGGGCUGCAACCUCCCAGUUCAGAGUGUGGCCUAACAUCUGGAACACCUUUUCGGCAGAUCUUGGAACAACUGAGAAGAUGUUCUUAAACACCAUCUGCACCUUCGUCGUUGUACUGAUGGUGUGCCAUGUGGAGAAAGGAGGUGCUCAACUGCCAUCCUUUACAACUGACUUAUCGCCCUCAACGGGAUGUAUUCCACUUGAGGAGGGAACUCCAAUUUCAUUCAAUCUUAUUCGAAGCGGUGGAGCGUUUGGACCUUCAUUUACGAUUGAAACACUUGAUGAUUCCGCCACGUUCCCGGCGGAUUAUACCCUUCCGAUGGGAACAGCCGGAACAUUCACUGUCUCACCCAAUUUUCAAAUAGUUAUCGAUCCUGUCGAUGAUGGGAUUACAGAGGGCGAGGAGAGCUUCACUUUAAGGUUUUCAGCCAUAGGAUACACACCACUUGAUGUAUUAUUCUGCAUUUCGGAUCCGCCUACGACAACAAUUCCGCCUGCGGUCACGACAAUUCCGCCUGAGGUCACGACAAUUCCGACGACAAAUGCGCCACUGGCUUUCAGCGCAAAUGCAAGAACAUGUGUCAAAGAGAGCCUGACCCCACUGGUCAUACGAAUAAGGAGACCAUCAUCAGAUACGCUUGCAAUGAAUGCGUCAGUGACCUACUCAGACGUGGAUGCAGAUUCAACCAGCGACUACGUCGACAGUGUCACAACCCUCACCUUUCAAGACGGAAAGAGAAAUGCUUACCUGGAAGUACCCAUCACGGAUGAUUUGGUUGUCGAGUCAACUGAAGAGUUCUCAAUUACAAUCAGUGCUCCGGGUUAUGAUCCUAUCACCAUCAAGGGAUGCAUCAAAGACGACGAUCGCACGGUUCCAUUCAACUGUAACCGGUACGGUGUUACUUGCGAUGCGGGGACCUGUCUGCCAAGCGGUUCGACUUGUGACUGUUCCACCGCUCCUGACAGAACAGGGGACAACUGCGGGAUUAUUCAAUCUAACAUCAAUGGCACAGGCUGUGCUGGCACGGAUUGUGGAAGAAAGGGUCGGUGCGUCUCAGAUGGGUCAGUUGGCGCAUGUGUGUGUAACUCGGGCUAUUACAGUGGUGAUGAAGGGAAGUGCGAACUCAAGAGAACAACCAUCACUUCCUGUAACAACAACAAGAUGACGAUCUGCAUGAACCCUAUCAACACAUACAGGCCUCUAAUCACCGUCUCUGGCUACACCUCUAAUAGAUGCACUGCCGAUCUAGUUGGAAAUAUAACUGACAAUCAAAACAGGAUCCCAUCGGAUAUACAAGGCCAGUGUCUCACUGUCGGCUUCAGUGGCACUUGUGGAACAUACAACGCCACAUCACAGGAUGGGAAUGUGUGUUAUACAAUUCCAUACCGCAUCCAGUACAACCCUAACAUGAUGACGGCCACAGAUGAAGUUGUGUACGCUAAAUGCUGUGUCAACCAAGCAGGACAAACCAUCUCCACAGAUGCCAUCCUAGCAGACACAGCAACGGACAAUAUCAACAAACAGCAAGAGACCUUAAAUUUUUUGGGCGUGAAGCUGUCCCCCACGCUCAAUAACGGCCGCCCUAUAGAUAGUCCACUUCCUCUGAACCAAAUCUACCAAUUGUGUUUAGACAUAACGGAUGAGGGCUUCGCAUAUAUUGGCUUGAUCCGAAUAAUCGUCCAUAAUGGUCAGAGGGGUUCUUCGCGAAAAGAGGCAGUGGUGUAUGGAAAUGAUGGAUGCAGCGACGAGUCCGGCAAGGCUAUCGUGCACUCCUAUCCACGCAGAGUCAGUGACACGAGGAUUUGUAUGCGGUACAGACCAGGUUACUUCCGACCAGGACCUGCAGCUGUGAUCCAUGAUAUGAAAUACAGGCUGUGCCUCGCAGGGGAUCAAGCUAGCUGUCAGUUGACACAAUGCGGAGCAACCGGAAGGAGGAAGAAGCGUCAAACGAAUACCGGCGGAGUUGAGGCAACAGCCAACCACACUGUCUACUUCGAAGAUGAGUCCACUUCAGCAUCGCAGACAAACACCGAAACUGAAGUUUCUCCAACUGCACAGAACUGCCUCCUGGAGAUGUCUGUGAUUUUCCCGGCCAUCAUCGUGGUCUGCGUCGUCACCCUGCUGCUUAUCAUCGUCAUCAUGUACAUGUGCUUCCUGCUGAUGAAGAAAAGACGCAAGCAAGAAGACAAGCAGGACGACCUGAAGUCCGAAAAGAGUCACAAGCAUUAUCCAUACGGCUACUAA